AGACAGGCGUAGUGGGUUGUCGGCUGUUUUUGAUUGUCAAAAUAGUUAAGUCGUGCUCUGUGAAAAGUUGGUUUAAUACAUAAAUAGGCAUUUCAAACGGUUGGAUUAAUGAAUGCAAUUGUAUCAUAACGGAUAUCAAACUAUAAAGGAAUAAAAAAAUUAAUUGACAACAUAAAAAUAACUUUAAGUAUAGGUGACAGAAGUUUAUUUGUGGCUAAACUUUUCAAAGCAUCACCAUGUUUUCCGGUAUCAGAGGAACAUUGGCAUUGAAUUGCUUUUUAACGAUCGGGCUUGCUGUGGGUCAAAGCGGUUCGGACGUCAAUGAUGUCAUUACGCUAUUAUUCACGACACAAAAAUAUAAUAAGAAAGUCCGACCUCUGAAAGAUCAGACGAUGGAGAUGGAUAUACCUGUUACUUUUUAUCUGAACUCUGUUAUCGAGUUCGAUGAAGCGAAAGAAGCAUUAAAAACAGCCGGUUUCCUCUCAUUGGUAUGGAUUGACGAGUACCUUCAAUGGAACAGUUCACAGUUUAACGGAAUCGACAGUAUUUUUCUCCCCCAAGAUGACAUAUGGAAGCCAGACAUUUCACUGAAAAAUUCCUUUGCUUCUUUUACUGGCCUUGGAUCAUCUUACCUUAAUGUAUAUGUGCGAAAUACAGGGGAAGUAUUUUGGUAUCCGUAUCAGGUGCUCGAGUCAACAUGUGACGUAGAAAUUCGGUACUUUCCAUUCGACGUCCAAACGUGUAAUUUGAAGUUUACUGCAUGGAGUUAUACAAAGACAGAUGUUGACAUUAAUCGAGGCGGUGAAAACAUCAUUUUGUCCGAUUACAUGCCAAAUAGUAUGUGGGACAUUCAGUCCACAGCCGCCAGGGAAGUAAACACAGACGAAUCAGCUGUUGUGUUUGAGAUCAAAUUAAAACGGAAGCCUGGAUUCUAUAUAAUCAACGUAAUCGUCCCAGUCGUUCUCCUGUCCUUUCUGAACACGUUUUCGUUCGUGCUUCCCAUAACAUCGGGUGAGCGUGCCAGCUACUCCGUUACGCUCUUCCUCUCACUGGCCGUGUUUCUAACCAUCGUCGCCUCGUCAUUGCCCAAGAAUUCCGAUAGCGUCUCUUUGCUGUCCAUUUACUUGAUUCUUAUGACGGUUGCAAGCACGUUAAUUGUGGUUCUCUGUCUUGUGGAAGCGCGAUUAGCUGCUCGGAGCACGACGGACCACCAUAUCGACAAAGGCUUCUUAUUUGUCCAUAAGUUAGCCAAAAUACUAAGAUGCAAGACAUGCACACGCAUCCAAUCGGUGUUGCCUCAUGAUAACACGGAAGAAAACAUGAACAAGGUCAAAGACAAUGCUGGAGCAAUCGUUUUUGAAGAUGUCAACUGGAUCGAUAUCGUGGCUUCAAUGGAUGUUCUGCUGUUUAUAUUCUUUAUGACAUUGACUAUAUUGGGUGCGUUUGUUAUAUUUGCAAAAGCCGCAAGUCACUGAGCACAAACGUCAUGUGGUCUGGGUUUUAUUUGAAUAUCCUUUUAAAGGCCCUUUGACAUGAAUGUAAAUCGUCCCUUGUUUAGUUAUUUUCUUAAAUCUCGAAAUAUUUACAACUUCCGUCCCAUUCAUAUAAAUGCUGCAUUCUGAUUGGAAAAUUUGUUCACGUGACCGGUUUUUCAUUUUCCGACGAACCCACUUCGUAUGCAAAUUUAAACAUGAAUAUUCAUGGCGCUACUUUCUGGUCAUAAACAAGUUACCAAAAUGACGUUAUGUUUUGCGCGAAACUCAACGGCGUUGUUUUUUAUUGGUCAAUAGCGAAAUGAAGUUAUAUUUUUUGCGCGAACUUCAACGAUAUACCCGUUUGACGGAGAUGAAACCGAAACUGAAAAUAUAUUCAUACGCAAGAUUAAAAAAGACUUGUAUGACUCUUACCACGAUAGAAUUUCAGCUUUAAGAUCAUUUUGUGUUGUAAUUAUAAGAAUUGAAUAGCAUUCUUUCCCGACAGUUCAUAUACCGAUGAAAUGCAGAAAAAUGCCAUUCAAUUCUUAAAUAUAACUGAUUUUCUCUUUUUUAAUCUAUACUUGUAUAGUAUUGUUUUGUUAUAUUUUGUACUUUAUAUGUAUCUUUUUGCAAUACUGUAAUAACAUAUAUAAAGAAGUGAAACUCCAGCUGCUGGAGAAAAAAAACAAAAUCUUGAAACAGAUAUAUGUUUUCGGGCUUUUGUUGCAAUCGGUUUGCUAAAAAGCGCGCGAAAGAGGAACAUAACCAAAUCAUUUUUUAUAUCUUGCAUCAAGUUAAACGGAUCAACUGGUUGAUUUAAUAUCGUAAGAUAAGCAAUUUGUUGUAAUAUGCAUUGUGUUGAAUACAUAUACAAUUUACAAACAAUACAAAAACGAGUGAGUUUCAAUACUUUUGAAACCUAAAACAGAACUCGUUUUGCUUUUGAAGUUUAUGGUCCAAUGUAUGUGUACGUUUGCUUUUGUGUUACGCAUCUGUUAAUUUCAAUGUACCUAACUAUUAUUCACUAGCAUAUUGAUAUCAAACACUAAAAUAAAUCAAAUUAUCUAAUAUGUAUUAGUUGAAUCUGUGGGGUAAUUGACCAUUUGAGUUAACCAUAUAAAUGGUCUGGUUCGAUUUCAAUUCGACCUAUAAAACAUGACUAUAUUUUUGUGUAUUCCAGUUUAUAUUGUGCACUUUUUGCAUGAUUUAAUAAAAAAUGUCAGCAGCACAGCAUUACAAUAUAAUUUUGAAUGCAACACUAUGCAAUUGUUAAAUGUUGAUGAGAGCUCUACA